AGAGACACUUCGAGAGAAGGGUGGAUAUUCUAUCUAGGGGCUACAUUGUAACAAUUAAGAAAUGUAUGUAGCCCGUAAACUAGGUUACAUUUUAACAAUCUAAAUUGUAACUAUUUAAAAUACAUAUAGUUGGCAAUUGUAGUCAUUAGCCAACAAACGCUUAGCCACACGACAGUACAAUUUAAUUAUCAAGAAAUUCUCUAGUAGGAAGUUGACAUUUACCUCAUAGGCUACGAAAACGGGGCUUUUUCAGAAAGACAAACAAGUAAUGUAACCCAGGCUACUGCAAUAGCAGUGUUAACAGAUCUGACGAAUUAUCAACGAGACUCAAAAGAAAAUGUCGAUCACACUUCUGACUGUCUUUCUGGUGGAAGCAAUAAUCUGCACAAUUUCAGGUGAACAGCUCUACAUAAAAGUGGGAAAGGAUCUUGUGUUGAUGCCGGACAAGUCCACAGUGCCUGACUCCAUCACAAGCAUCCUAUGGAAGCAUGGGAAGAACAAGGCGGCAGAGUGGGACAAGGAUUUUGGUCUGGACAUCUAUGGUGCCUUCAAAGAGCGCACAACCCUGGACCAGAAUACUGGAGAGCUGAGAAUCAGUGGAUUGAAGAAAUCAGACAGUGGAGUUUAUUCUGUGGAGUUCAACAGCAAACUGCUUGACAGGACAUAUACACUAUCUGUUAUCAAGUCAGUCCCCAAACCCACAAUCACUUCUUCCUGUAACGCCAACCUAACCUCCUGCAUUCUAACCUGUGAGGGUGACACCACUGAUGCUGAACCCGUCACCUACAGCUGGAAAAUGGGAGAGGGGGCGUGGGAGUUCUUAGACAAACAGAGGAAUGUCUCUAAGAACGGCACUGGCAAAUCAACCAACAGUUACAAGUACUCCUGCAAGAUGAAUAACUCUGCUGGGGAAGGUGAAGUCAGCGAGCCAGUCGAACUGGUGUUGGGCUCAGAUGGCUGGUUGACCAAGGCCAGGUUAUUUGGUAUUUCUGUCUUUGUUCUUGCUAUUGCUGGAGUUCUAUUGUUCAUUAUUGGUCAUAGAGCUAAAACAGGAGUUUGGUUCUUUGAAAAAGAAUCAAUGCCAUGGAAAGGAGAAUUUUGGAAACACCAGAGAGAAGUGGGACCUACCACUGACACAUCAAAUGGAGUUUCUGCAUCCACAGAGGAAGCCUUGGCGAGGAAAAAUUAUCAUAAGGAUGAUUCAGUAAAUAAUUCAGUAUUGUAGGACGCUGUGGAUCUGUGGGCCAGAGGAUCACUGUGGAUCAAGAGAAACAAACAUCUAGACAACGAGCACUGGAUGACAAAGGGAACAAUCUACCACUUUAUUCUACCCAUUAAAAGAAUGUUACAUCCCGAUCUGAGAAAUAGAGGUCAAUUUGAGUUACAGAUGUAGGAUCUUAAUUUGAGCUAAGCUGAGUUUGUUACUGCAGGAAAAUAGUACUGUAAAAAGGAAAUGUUUAUUAUAUGGAUUAUAAUCAAAAAUGUAUUUAUAAUACAUUUUGUAGGGGUUAAUAUAUUUUUUGUACAGGAGAAUCAAGUCAGGAGUUUCAAAGUGAAAAUUACAAACUUCAGAAGCCCUUUUAAACCUUGAGUACACUACAAGUUUUACAUGCUGUUUACAUGCUUAGGGCAUGGCUAGUCUAAGGCUAGCUGUGCCACUAGAGAUCCUGGUUUGAGUCCAGGCUCUGUCGCAGUUGGCCGCAACCGGGAGACCCAUGGGGCAGCGCACAAUUGGCCCAGCGUCAU